AUGACUACAUCAAUAAUAAUUGUAUUAAUUGCUAUUGUUAAUGCUUUUGUCCAAAUAACAAACGCCAGUGCCGAGAAUGCAUACGCAUUAAGACCUUUAAAAGAAGUACAAAAUAAUGCUAACAUUGGUACAAGCAGUAAUGAUAACAAGGUCUUCAUCGAGGGAAGAAGACUUAACAUUUACCCAAAUCAACCAGAUAAUCAUGGAAGAGAUUCAGGAGUUCAAACCGCCAGCCCUGUAGUUGGCAACACACAAUAUCGUUAUAAUAGUGGAAAUUUUGAUGAUAAUAAAGCAAGAACACUCACUAAUCGAAUGGGUGGUGGAACUUAUAACACGCAGAAUAGUGGCCAAAACGGAAACAAUGCAAUGUCAAGUUAUGAAGCUGAUCGAAACUCUAGACCGACUGCAACUAACUACAAUGUUAAUUUAAAUAACCCAGCCAGAACAACAGUUACCUCUAACGGGAUGGGAUGGGUUGGGACUAAUGGGGUAGAUACAAGAAAUGCGUUCUCUAUCAAUAAUAACAGACAGGAGCCACAGAGAACUCAAUCGAGGUUUUUCCAGAAUGGCGAAAAUUCUGGAGGAUCUGUUCACAGACAACAAAUUCUAAGGGAAAUACUUGAAAAGGCUCAAAUCGGUACAGGCAAUAAUAAUAACAACCAGAUUUAUGUCAACGGGGAAAGAAUUGAUAUCUACCCCAAUCGAGCAGCCAAAACAACAGUUACCUCUAACGGGAUGGGAUGGGUUGGGACUAAUGGGGUAGAUACAAGAAAUGCAUUCUCUAUCAAUAAUAACAGACAAGAGCCACAGAGAACUGAAUCGAGGUUUUACCAGAAUGGUGAAAAUUCUGGAGGAUCUAUUGACAGACAACAUGUUUUAAAAGAAAUACUUGAUAAAGCUGACAUUGGUACAGGGAAUAAUAAUGAUAACCAGAUUUACGUUGACGGAGUACGGAUUAAUGUCAACCCUAAUCCAGCAGAUAAUUAUUAUGGAAGAGAUGCAGGAGUUCGAACCGGCAACCCUCUUAUUGGCAACACACAAUAUUCUUAUAAUAGUCGAAAUGGUGAAGAGAAUAUAGCAAGAACACUCACUAAUCGAAUGGGUGGUGGAACUUAUAACACGCAGUAUAGUGGCCAAAACGGAAACAAUGCAAAAAGCAACAUGAAAGCAUCAUAG